AUGGGUCGUGGAAAUAGCAGUGGUGGUGGUCAAAGUUCACUGGGUUACCUUUUUGGAAGUGGAGAGGCCCCAAAACCCGCAACAACUAAUGCACAACCUCCUGCAGUGCAUGUAGAUAAUGCACCCCCUUCAAAAGCAGCAGCGGCUCGUACAGCAAUAGACCCAAACAAGCCUGCUGGUAUCAAUAGUAAUUCUAUUGAUGGACUGAACACUGGCAACUUCAUCACGGACCGACCCUCUACCAAGGUUCAUGCUGCUCCUGGUGGUGGCUCUUCUCUGGGUUAUCUAUUUGGUGGCGGGCCUGGGGAUGGAAAAUAA